UUUUAAAACUUAGUAACCUCAAACACAUUUUCAUAUUCUGAACAAUUUUUAUAAAUAUUCAAAUAAAAGUUAGACACACAUUAUCAUGCAAGUAGCUUGGAGGACCUUUCCCAAAUUGAUUGUUGUGCUUCCGUUGCUGCACUACAUCCUGGCCCAAUGUGUGAAGACCGAGUCGGAGGAAUACACACGCCGUAAGGAGCUGGAGAAAGAAAAUCCUUCGACUGUUAAUAUAGCAUGGCUUAUGAGACAGCAAAGGUUGAUGGAGGACGACUCGAAACAGGACACCCUGUUCGGAAGCUCAACGUCGAGGAAGUAAAUGCCCACAAAUUACCCAAAGCCUUGCCCCAAGAAACUUAUCGACAAGCCUCGUUCGAACUGAAACGGAAGCAGAAAGUCAAGGUGCAAACCAAAAAUCAUUACACCUGUUCACGAACACAACAAACCAUGGAAGAUGUGAGUGUAGAAAGCAAAGAAAUCGAACGGGCAGUGGAGAAUAAUGCGAUGCACGUCAAGCCGAAAAUUUAACGCUCGUAGUUCAUCCGCAAGGGUUGAAGAAGUUCUUCACGGAGUUGGGGUUACUAUAGGUUUAUACGUACAAGUGUAGUUUUUUUAUAUCAAUGUUGUCUGUUUUCGUUUUUUCGGGGAAAAUUGGUCACGGUGCAUGGAUCGCCGCUUUCUGUUGCAUGUGGCAGGCGACACAAAUGCAAAGCAAACGAAAUUUUCAAGUCUUGAUAUCAGAAAUUAAUAAAUUUAAUGAGCGGCCAGCGACAGAUAGACAUCUGCAACAGGUUCAGCUUUUGGCAGCUGCACAGCUCUCCUUGCCAAAUGAUUUUGCACGAAAUUGCAUUUUAA